GCAUCAUUAUGUGAACAAACUCUUUUUUUUGUAACUGAUGAGUGGAAAAAAGAGACAGGCAAUUGACCGACGGACCUUUGACUAUAUAUAUAUAUAUAUGUAUAUGUGUGUGUAUGUAUGUGCGUGUGUGUGUAUACAUACAUUAACAUUUUGCAUACCACAGUCAUACGUCAUUAGAUACUUCAUGUUGCUUUCAUAGACAUUCCUCUUGGUGACGCUGUGCAGUGCGGUUACUGACAGCAAAACUGCCAUCCGUAGCAUGGAGAAAAAGUCAAGUAAUCAGAUAAAAGAAAACGAGCAAUUUGUUGCUCAGGAACUCAAAGGUUUGUCAAUUUCUGAAAUUACCGAGGAAAUAUUAAUACAAUGUGGUGGAUAUGGUUUAUUUCAAAAGAAACUAACUUUCUUAAUUGGGAUAUUUAUAAUAUUUUAUGGUCAUUCACUUUUAACGAUGGUGUUUAUACGAGAGAAGGUUCCUUUUGCUUGUUAUCCUUCGAAUUUCAACGAAUCCAUGAUUCCACCAAACAUCACCUUGGAUGAGUUCCUAAAUGAAGUAACUGUAGAAGAGGAGAGAUGUUCUGUGUAUAAACUGGUUUCUGAAGAAGGAGUCUAUGUCCUACCCACAAUUAAUUCUACAAUGGAAACGUGUAAAUAUGGUCGAAAGUUCUAUACUAAUGAAAUCUCAUCUAUUGUAUCUGAGUUUGAUUUAGCUUGUGACAGAGCAUGGAUGAAAAACACCGCCGUGUCUGUGAUGUUUGGAGGUUUCUCUGUGGGAAAUUUGGCAUUUGGUAUACUGUCAGACAAAUUCGGCCGAUUCAAAACCUACUGUGCGGCAGAAAUACUUAUCAUAAUUUCCAGCUUUGCCAAAACACAGGCACCAAGUUAUAUUGUCUUCGUUAUUAUAUACUUCUUUGUAGGAAUUGGAUUUUCAGGCAAUUUUGUAAUUUUAUACACUAAUAUUAUAGAAUGUGUCUCUCAAAAGUACAAAACACAAAUGAACUUAGUUACGAACGGAGCCUUCGCUGUUGGAGGAACAUUUCUAGCAGGUGUGGCGUAUCUACUUCGCAAAUGGCAGCACCUAAUUUAUGUUGCAACUGUUCCACAUAUUCUGAUCGUCAUUGUAGCAUUGAAAUAUCUUCCCGAAUCUCCCAGAUGGAUUCUUAGUAAAGGGAGAUCUACAGAAUUUGAAGAGUCCUGUAACAAGAUAGCAAGAACAAAUAAGAAAGAUAAUGAGGAUACUCUAAAUCUUAUUAGGAAACUUCAAAGAGAAGCAGAAAGCAAAUCCAAAUUUGACGAAUAUCUAGGAAAGAGGGAUCACAAGACCUACACUCCAAUAGAUUUGUUAAAAACACGUCGAAGAGCCGUGAUUUCUUUAAACCUUUGGUUUAACUGGCUGGCCAGCAGUAUGAUAUACUUCGGAAUGACGCUAAUAUCUGUUGAUAUGUCUGGAGAUCGCUACAUGAACUUCUUUCUGAUGACAGCCGUGGAAAUUCCAGGCAACAUUCUUGGAUAUUAUUCCUUUAUAUGGUUUGGUCAUCGUAAGCCGCUUUGCUUCUUCUUGAUAUUCGGUGGAAUGAAUUGUAUUGUUUCAAACUUUGUGUCUAAAGUUAACAUUUGGUUGCCUCUGAUAUUAGCUGUCCUCGGCAAGCUUGGCGGGACGGCAGCAUUUGUCGGUAUUUUUCUGACCUCAGCAGAACUUUUUCCAACAGAAGUACGAAACAUUGGAAUGGGUGUAGGUUCAUCGUUCGCUCGUACUGGUGGUCUCAUUGCACCACUAAUCAUUGGUCUCAAUGUAUAUGGCUAUUGGAUACCACUCAGUGUCUAUGGGUUCAUUGGAGCUCUUGCUGGAUUACUGAUCCUAUUAGUGCCUGAAACGAAGGAUUUGUAUCUGCUUCAAAAACUUGAAGAUAUGGAUAAUUUGUAGAGUUUGCUUUAUACGACUUCUCUGUGAGGAAUUAUCUUGAGAAUCGUCUAUCCAUCUAUGUGUGCGAUAGAGCUUUUGGGAAAAGGUGGCGUUUGGUACCUCUCACUAAAACUCCAUCACACACACAAAUACACAAAUAUUAUCUAAUCUCUCAGCUAUCUAAGACAUAGUAUUUCUUUCAGUUUCCUGAGCCCUUUUACUUAAAUCAAGAUUUACAGUGUUGCUGUAUGAAAAGUUUAGUGGAAAUGAUUAUAGCUAGGAGUAACUAGAAAAACACAAGGAUGAAACGCUCCCAAACUUAAACCACUUCAGGGGUAAACAAGCUUUGAUAACUAGCAUUUUCUUUUGGCCGAAAAAUGUUUGUCUCGGAUAACAGUUCUUAUUCCAAUUCCAGUGAUGCAAAUGAGCUUUUUUUAAGACAUUCAAAACUAGCCAAAAUAUGUUAUAGGAAAAACCAAUUAAAAUACAAACAAACUGACGCUGCCAUCAUAACCAUUAUUGAAUUAUUAUAUAUCUCUAUUUAAAAUUGAUAAAACUGGCCCGAGAAAGAUGAUUAUAGAAUAUAAGCAGAAGGAACUGUAGAUAUAAGCAGAAGGAACUGUAGAUAUGUUUACAGAACAACUCUUGGCAAAUAUAUUUUGGGAAUAAGACAACGCGGCGGAAAUCUCGUGGUAGCAUGGCUUGAUUACAGAAAAGUAUACUACCCUAUUCUCCAUUCAUAGCAGCUAUAAUGUUGCAGCCGAUAAACGUAUUUGCUGUCUUAGUUGCUGCUAAUGAAAGGUCCCAAAAUACCUGACCAAUAGCAUUCACACUACUGAAAGCUCGGCUUUCCUUUCACGAGACAAUAACCCACAAUGUAUUUUUCAAACGUAUGACGAUACCUACAUUUAUGAUACUUGACUGGUCUUUAGAGGAUAUUCAUUCUGUAGAUAUUAAAACCUGCAAGAUUCAGACAGUGAUUGCAAGUUACCACAGAAAACAGCGAUAUUGAUACACUGUUUAUCAGAAGAGAAAAGAUAGGACUUGGCUAAGAUCAGUGUAGACAGGCUUUGAGUGUCGUAAAACAUCUACUUAGUAAGAGUAACAAAAAUAAAUUACAUUAAGAACUAUAUCAAAGGGGGAGAGAAUAAUAUUCUAUUAGUCAGUACUGUGUUUCUCAAAAACAAUUCACUUCACAGUCCGCUCGCUUGCGAUCUUUAAAAGUGCUGGACUGACUUAUUUUCCGAAAGACCUGGAAGUGAAACACUACCUACU